AUGAAGCUAGCCGCCGCAAAUAGCCUAUGCCUGGGUGGCGUCCUGAUCUGGGCUGUUGACCUUGAUGGUUCAGGUCAUGCAAGCUCAAAUGACCUCCUUGGAAUCGGUGCAGCAAACGGCGUCUCCGCGGAAGAGGCUGAGGAAUACCGAGAGCAGCAGGAGACUUUGCUAAGGGCAGCAAGUAUUCAAAACUCAUGUUAUUGGUCAUUUUGCGGUCAGUCAUGCAAGCAGGGGUAUUCUACGGAAGCAUGGUCCAACGGACAGGUUCCUGGCCUCGAGGGAGAUCUCGCAUGCACGAACGACGAGACACGAACGUUGUGCUGCGCUCCAGGAACGAACCCCGGCACCUGCUCCUGGCAUGGUUGGAGGGGUGUUGGUCUGGCUUGCGCAUCUGAUUACUGCCCCGAAGGGACCGAGAGAGUUGCGGUCAAUUCAAACUCCUACAAAGGCGCAAACAACCUUACCUGCAAUGGCGGAUCGCAAUCAUACUGCUGUUCAGGGUUUGUGCCCUCACCAUACUCUAACACGGACUCGCUCUAUCUCCUAGGUCAAGACUGGGAGGAAAAGGAAGGACAGAAUGCCCUCGCUGGAAGAGCUGACGCGGGUCCCACAAUCACCCUCAGCGGACCUUGUCUUAUAGCAUCAGCCAUCGGCUUUGGUCUCACUGCUGAGUUUAAAGGCGUUGGCGCUGCGAUCACUAGGUGGUUUCUUCCGUUGGUUUGCAUAAGGUCGAUUAAGAAACCCCCGGUUCAACCCAAUAAGCCGAAGUCCCCCCUGGAGGGUAGCAUCGCUCAACGACUCGGCCAGGGUGCUCUUGGGCCGAAGGAAUUUCAUGAGCCCACAGUGACCUACAGCAUUACCUGGGAUCCCACAUCAACUGCGGUUGCGGGUAAUGGUUGGCCGGUCAAGAAGUAUAAAAAGGACGAUCCUGACUGCGAGACGACCUACACAUGCAGAUACGGUAGGGGCUUCGACGAGAUCUGUGACAACCAACGUUGGGCCAUUGAUAAGGCAUUCAAUGGUAGGACAGUAUUCAACAAAAUAGACGGCGCUACGGAGUUCCCUGGCACUGAUCCCGCCGAGAAUGCGGACGGUGAUACUACCACUUCCUCUACUACGAGACGAGGCCGACGCCCUACAUACAAGGAUAGGUGGAAUUAUCAACGAGCGAAGUAUUAUCGAACCGCGGCCCAGGAAUCUGAGGACGAGGACCGGAACCGCUGUGAUUUGUAA